AUGCGAUGUUAUCUUCAAUUAGGUACCGACAUCAACCGAGCUGUCGUUGAAGGUGCUAAGAUGAUGAAGACACUCGACAAUACGACAUCUGAAGGCAGAGCCAGAGUUAUCCUUUUUCUCACUGAUGGUAGUGCAACUUUUGGGGAAUCCAGCCGAAAUGUCAUAUUAAAUAAUCUUCAGAAAGAAAAUCUGACAAAAACACCAGUAUUUUCUCUUUCAUUUGGAGCUGACGCAGACAUGAAAUUGUUACAAAGAAUUUCUUUACAGAAUUCAGGUGAAGUUAAACGGAUCUACGAGUCAAAUGAUUCUGCAAUUCAGCUAAAGAAGUUUUAUGAUCAAAUAUCUUCAACGUUAAUGACAGAUAUGAAAAUGAAAUACAUUCCAAAGGAAGUCGAUAAUGGAUCGUUAACGAAAAGCGAAUUCAACCAAUAUUUCAACGGUACUGAAACAAUAGUAGCUGGGAAAUUAUCAGAUAGUUACGUUAAACCAACUUCGUGGAAUCUUGUCGCUACAACAAGCAAUGGAAUGAUAAAACGCUCAAAGAAAUUUAAAAGAAUUCGCUUAGAUAAGUCUAAAAAGAAAUUCGGUUUUCUGACAGAUAAUGAAGUCAAAAACAUACCAGAAAAUCUUUGGGCUUACCUAAACAUUAAACAAACUUUAGAUAAAUUGACAAUUACUAAUAAUGAAAAGGAGAAAGAAAAAUUAGCGAAACAACUUUUGGAUCUCUCUCUGAAGCAGAAUGAAUUUAGAGAAAGAGUACCUAAAGCCUACUAUAAUUUAGAGCGGCAGAAGAAAAUAAUGGGGGUCAAGAAAAAGGAAUGGUGA